AUGAUUGGAAAGAGACUGAUCGUGACAGCACAUCAAAAAAGCCUGGCAGAGAAAAUUUAUAUUUCAUCUAGUUUAUUCGGAUUACUAUUGUUAUUGGCUGCACUUAUUCUCUUCAUUUUAUCAACAUUAACGCUGUAUAAGAAAAAGUCUAUAUUACUAGUGACUGUAACAAUAUCUACUGUAUUAUCAGUUUUUUGUUUCCUUCUGUCAUUUGUUGUUUAUUAUUCACAAUGGAAUAAUGAUUUAAGUAAAUAUUCAAUAUCCGCUAUGAAUCCAGCUGCAUGGUAUUUUGCAUUAUUUUGGUUAUGUAUUGUUGCACUUGCCUUAUGUGUUAUAAUAAAUUGUGAAAACCAAUUAUCAGGAUAAAUAAAAAUUUUAAAAGAAACGGAAAUAAGUACAAUGGAACAUCCUCUCUUGCAUUAAAACAAAUUGCGAACGGAUACUUCAUUUCACUCAUCUUUGUUCACAUAAUAAUAAUUUUAAUUCUACAUAUUUGCAGAAUACCUACUUCUAUAAUUUUGUUCUUAGUACCUUAAUUACGAUUGAAUCAGAUUUUCAUAUAAAUAUUUGUAGCAUUA